GAUACUUGGUUUGUAUGUACUCCUACUCAGAUCGAAAGUUAUGCAUCGUCUCCUCAUAUAUUCGCUUUUUGUUUGCUCCAGUCUUGCUUUCCAAUUUCCCUUCAGCAUUCCUCUUUUCAAGUCAAAAGACUCUGCCGACCUAGAACAGGCUCACAUUUCUCCAAGAAUAGCCAUCAUUGGCGCAGGCGCGGGAGGCUCCUCAGCUGCAUUCUGGAUAUCUAAAGCGAAGAAAAGAUUCGGAAUCGACUAUUACAUCGGAGGUCGCAGCAUCGUAGUAUAUCCUUACAAUGAUACUACGUUUGCUCCAUUGGAACUAGGAGCUUCUAUAUUUGUCGACGCAAACAAGAAUCUAAUGAGAGCUUCCAAGGAAUUCAACUUGACUCUGACAGCUUUCGAAGAUGACGAUUCGAACACUGGUAUUUGGGAUGGCCAGAAUUUCGUGCUUGUGAUGGAAAGCGGCAGCUAUUUGAAAAGCUGGUGGGCAACCUUGAAGGUGUUAUGGAGGUAUGGCUACACCGCACCCACUAGAACGAAAGCUAUUGUUCAGUCAGUGAUCGACCGUUUCCUCGGCUUCUACACCCCCGAGUCUCCUCGCUGGGAUGAUAUAUCAGUGUUCUCAGAGAGGUUCCAGUGGGUGUCCAUGACUAACCAAACCGCCUCGGAUUUUUUGGAAGGUAAUGGCGUUGCCCCGCUCUUUGCACGAGAGCUUGUUGAGGCAGCGACGCGUGUCAACUACGGGCAGAACGUGGACAAGAUCCACGCCCUCGGAGGUGCCGCUUCAAUGGCAGCAUCUGGUGCAUCUGGUGUCGUAACAGGAAAUUUCCGCAUAUUCGAGCAAUUUCUUGAGAAUUCGACAGCAAAUGUCUUUUUGAACACGAAUGUCAAGGAGAUCAAACGGAAAUCUGGCACUUCUUUGUGGACUGUCUACACAUCGGCUGGUUCCCAGAUAUACCAAGGAGUUAUCCUUGCUGCGCCUUUCCACCAGACUGAUAUUAUCCUGCCGUCCGAUCUGGCUGAAUUAAUCCCUCCGCAACCAUAUGUGAAUUUGCACGUCACUUUGCUGACGACACGUUCCGAACACCCCAGACCGGAGUACUUUGGCCUCACCUCUAAUGCUCAGGUGCCACCAACAAUUCUGACUACUUACGAAGGUGCUCGAGCGGGUGGGGUUCGUAAGGUGGACGGAGCAGCAGGAGACGCAGUGACAGACCCUGAGUCGACCGUGAAAAUUUUCUCCGAAGAUCGCGUCACCGAUGAAUGGCUCGAGACAGUGUUUGGUAAUGUCAGUUGGGUAUAUAGGAAAUUGUGGCAGGCAUACCCUGUGUUGCCUCCUACAUCAGAAUUUCCUCCUGUCAAGCUCGACCAAGGCUUUUACUACGUGAAUGCUUUCGAGCCGUUCAUCUCGACUAUGGAAACCGAGACACUAGCCUCGCGUAACGUCGUCGAUCUACUCUUGCAUGAAGAAUUUGGAACUGGUAUUUGUGGUGCUCUGCUCUCAGGAACCGAGAACGCGACCCAAACCGCAGCGCCAGCUGACUUUGUGCUCGGCUGGGAUUGUUAGAUUGUCCAUGCGCUGAUGGAUAUACUACCAGGAUGGGAUAUAUUUUUAUUUUUAUCCACCAGUGUUAUAAGGUGCUAGCUGACGUACAUAACUUGCUGCACAAUAGAUUUGUAGGGAAUUGUACACUACCAAUUUGAUACUCCCUCUUCUCGUGGGUGUCAUAGCCAAAUGAGUACAGAAGGGAACCAACCCAUCGUCACGUGACAGAUGCAA